UUUUCUCCGCAACCAAACAGAGCUGGUAUAAAUUUUGAACGGUUAUUUAGUUGCUGAGAAACUUUAAGGAAAAAGAAAAUGAGUCUCCAAAGUUCGACUGUUUUUUCUUCCCCUUACGCCGCUGCUUAGAUAAGUUCAGUUUGCAUCGGGACGAAAGCAGUUUUUGAAUUUUGAUUUUCGAGUCUAUUUUCGUUCUCUGUUCCCGAAUUCCUCUACACAGCCAAAGCAAGCAGUAUUGCUUCUAAAUCGCAAGCGCCGUGCUAGUUGUUUUAUGUCCUUAGAUUUCAGGGACGGGGAAAGAAAAAAAAGGAGACAAACAGAGUUGAUAUGCUGAUGCCUGAAACUGCAUACUUGCAUAGUCGCGCGGACUUGGUCAAAUUGGGUGGCUUUUUAAUAAAGUGAUAAGCACGGCUGUGUAAGAGACAUUUAUAUCAAAAAGUCUAAGGCCUGGCCUAUACAUAGUCUGAUACACACCUGAAAGUGAAAAUUUGUUUGAAAAGUUUAGUGAAAGUAAAUGUAUGGAAAUUAUGCAAUUCUCUGACCUCUGUUUACGUGGGAAAUGUAUCUAUCUCUGGUCUCUGUCUUCGUGCUAAAUAUUCCCAAUGCAUAUGGGUGAUGCAGCAGUAGCAGUAGUGCUAGUGCAGUUUAGGAAGUUGCUGCGUGAGUAUGGUUGUUCUGAUGCGAGUUAAAUGUGAAAAGCGAUGGGUUAUAUCAUUUGGGACUGUGGGAUGAGGAACUGUAGUGUUGCCAUCUUUGUUAGUUCUUUCUUAUUGCAGUGAAAGAUGGUUGCCUUUGGGAAAAAGUUGAAGGAGCGACAAAUUCAAGAAUGGCAGGGAUAUUAUAUCAACUAUAAACUGAUGAAGAAGAAAGUGAGGCAAUAUGCUCAACAAAUCGAAGUUGGAACACAAGAUCGCAGGCAUGUUCUUAAGGAUUUCUCAAGGAUGCUAGAUAAUCAGAUUGAGAAGAUUGUCCUUUUUCUCUUGGAGCAACAAGGGCUACUUGCAAGUAGGAUUGCCAAGCUCAAUGAGCAGCAGGAGGCUCUUGAGCAACAGCCAGAUAUAUCUCAAAUAACCCAAUUACGAGAGGCCUAUAGAGCGAUAGGCCAAGAUUUAUUAAAGCUUCUCUAUUUUGUUGAGAUAAAUUCUAUCGGUCUGCGUAAGAUACUGAAGAAGUUUGAUAAACGCUUUGGGUAUAGAUUCACUGAUUACUAUGUUAAAACCCGUGCUAAUCAUCCUUAUUCUCUUCUGCAGCAAGUUUUAAAGCAUGUGGGUUUAGGAGCUGUUAUUGGAGCCAUAUCUCGCAAUCUUCAUGAACUUCAGGAACAUCAGGGAAGCUACUUAUCCAUCUAUGAUGAGCCUGCUCUUCCCUUCCAGGAUCCUGUUGUUGAUUCAUUGAAAGCAGCCGUAGACAGGGUCACUCACUCAACAAACUUCCUUAACUUUUUGGCACAACAUGCUCUCAUCAUGCAAGAAGAGCUACCUGCUACUACUGAGGAACGUGCUGAUGAUCAAAGAUACCAUUUUAUGUCACUUGUCUUGAACUUAUUGAACACAUUUCUUUAUAUGGUCAACACAUAUAUAAUUGUCCCCACAGCUGAUGACUACUCGGCAAUGCUUGGAGCUCCAGCAACAGUUUGUGGUGUUGUGAUUGGGGCAAUGGCUGUUGCGCAGGUGUUUUCUUCAGUGUAUUUCAGUGCUUGGUCAAAUAAAUCGUACUUUAGACCUCUAGUAUUCAGCAGUAUUGUUCUUCUUGUGGGAAAUUCCAUGUAUGCAAUGGCACUUGAUUAUAAGUCAAUAACACUUCUUUUAGUCGGCCGUUUAUUCUGUGGAUUUGGUUCUGCUAGAGCUGUUAACCGGCGAUACAUCAGUGAUUGUGUGCCACUUAGAAUUCGCAUGCAGGCAUCAGCUGGUUUUGUUAGUGCCAGUGCUCUCGGAAUGGCUUGUGGUCCCGCUCUUGCUGGCUUGCUUCAAACUAAUUUUAAAAUUUACAAGUUUACAUUCAACCAAGUCACUUUGCCUGGCUGGGUUAUGACUCUGGGUUGGCUUAUAUAUCUCAUAUUGUUGUGGAUAACAUUUAGAGAACCUUCUCAUGAGACUGAAGAGAACAAUGUAAUGCAGGAAUCUAAUGCCGUGACAGGACCUUGGGAAAAUGAUGCGCUUGAGAAGGGUCUUAAACAACCAUUACUGUUGAGUUCAGAAGGCAAGCAAGAAGAUGAAAAUGCUGAUGGAGAAUGUGAUGGCAGUGAAGAAGCUCCUGAAGAAUCUCGACAGCCUGCCAAUUCAAUUACUUCAGCAUACAGGCUACUUACGCCCUCUGUAAAGGUUCAGUUGUUGAUAUAUUUCAUGCUAAAAUAUGCCAUGGAGAUUUUACUCUCAGAAUCGAGUGUAAUUACCUCAUACUACUUUGGUUGGUCAACAAGCACAGUGGCAAUUUUUCUUGCAUGUCUAGGCCUAACAGUUCUUCCAGUAAAUAUUGUUGUUGGAAGCUACAUUAGUAACAUGUUUGAGGACAGGCAAAUUUUAUUGGCAUCGGAAGUUAUGGUUUGCAUAGGAGUAAUCCUUAGCUUCAAAUUCGUAAAUGCAUACACUGUUCCACAAUAUGUCUGCUCAGGAUUAAUCACGUUCGUCUCUGCUGAAGUACUUGAAGGGGUGAACUUGUCACUGCUAUCUCAAGUCAUGUCAUCCAGGCUUUCCCGUGGAACCUACAAUGGUGGGCUACUCUCAACUGAAGCUGGGACGAUAGCUCGUGUAAUUGCUGAUGGCACAAUAACCCUGGCUGGAUUCCUAGGCGAGAGUAGGCUCUUGAAUGCCACCCUUCUUCCUUCGCUCUUUAUUUCUGUGGCCUCCAUAAUUGCCACUUGUUUUACCUAUAACUCACUCUAUUGAUUCUUAUGUUGUAUGAACAAGUCAUUUGAUAUGUGAAGUCUAGCUUCUCAAUUUUGUUCCUCUUUUUUCAAUAAGAAUAAUAAUAAUAAUGAUUUUUUGUUAA